AAUCCAACAAUUAUGGAAAUAAUCGGCUAUAUCUACUCAAAACACAAUAAAUGCAGCUAAAGUUGAAUUUUUAGUCCUCGUUUUAAAAAGUGGUAAAAACUAUAGUACCGAAUAUUUGAUGAAAGAUAUCCCUCAGUUCAGUAGUUAUUAUGUGAAAUGAUGUUGACAAUAAAUUUGAAUGUAGUUCAUAGACACGUUUAUUGAGUUUAUUUGAUAAAUAUUGGAAUAAUUAUUCGAAUAACAAUCCCAAUGACCAAUGUGAAUAUAAUUAUUACUUGAUUUUCUCAUAAUCUCAUGAUUUACGAUGUCUAAGAAAAGAAACAUUUCCUUCACAAAACCCGAAGAGCCAAGUUUUUUGAAAAAGUUGAAAGCUCAAGUUGGUUAUCAAGAAGGUCCUACAAUAGAUACCAAAAGAGAAGAACUAGAAACUUUGGAAGGAAAUGAUCUCGAGGACAACGAUGAAGAACAACCAACAGUUGUUGUUUUAAAAACUGGUGAUUUAACAGCUGAAGAAGUAGUUGCAGAAAGAAUUGCACUUGAGAAAAAAGAAACCUCAGAACCAGCAGACUUAAGUAAACCCAUAGUUUUCAAAGUACCUAGCAAGGAUGGAAAUGAUACUACCAAAACAUCGAAAAAUACCUCUACUACUAAAUCAAAAAAAAAGAGCUCAAAGAAAGUUAUGGAUAAGAGACUUUUAUCUUUUGAUAGUGAAGAAAAUGAUGAUUCAUAGUUUUAUAAUUAUGAAAGAUAUCUUUCCAACGACUGUCAUCCAGAUGUGAUAAAUCGUGAAUAUAAGCCUUGAUUGGACAAAACAUUUAAUUAAUUUAUUGGAGACUUUUGGCACUCUAUGCAUUGACAAAAAAUAUUACUUAUUGCAGGAUUGUAGUCAUAGACAAGGGAACUGAAUGAUAAUUAAUAUUCUCCAUAUGGUUAAAAUCAAGAAUUCGAGUGGAUGAAGCUAAACUUUUUGAAAUAAACAAAUGAUAAAUCUCAUUUGUUUUUAAAUCAACAGUUCUAUCACUUGUAUUUAUAUUUUUCAUAUAUUUCAAACAAAUAAUGUGGAAUAACUAGCUACAACCUUCAUUAUUUUUCCAAAAUGGUUAUUUAAUUUGCAUUAAAAUUUUUUUGUAGCUCCUUUA